AGUCACUAAAAAGCAGGAAGCACUGGACAACUAUUUUGUAGUAGCAUGGGGCUCUCCAGCAGUACACAUUAAACAUCCCAUCAGGGAUUGAAUCCAGGACUUCCAGAUCUUGUGGUCAGUACUUAAAGUGAAAACCACUGAACAGACAACUAGUGAUUGACAUGUCUAAAUUUAGUCCAUUUGCAAUACUACUGCUACUUUUCAAUGUCAUUGGUAGGUAAACUGCUUAACAUCAGACAUUUUUAAACUCCGCUGGUUAUGGCUUUUCACUGAAAUUCCUGGAAUUAUCUCUAAAUAAUUUAACAGAACUUAGUUUCCUUUUCCUACACAUACAUAUUUCACUGGUUAUUGAAGAUAUAAAUUUGUCUUAUUAUUUACUUCAUAUUAAUUAUAUAAAUCCAUUAUAAAUUGUUUCUUUUCUUAUCUGAUUUUUCACAAUUACAUCUAUAGAUGUUUAAACGAUUAAUUCGUUGUCAUGUGAAAUCAUCUCGUACACCACCCAGUAAAGAUGGUACAAAUAAUAAUAAAAUUCACUUACCAACCAAAUGUACUGCGUGGUUAUUUUCAACCAUCUCUUCUUCAUCUAAGAUCUCAACUACCAGUGAUGUUGAAGCAAGUAAAAGUACAGAAACUUGUUUAGUAGAUAACUCUUUUAAAACAAACAAUUGUAAUGAAACAUGCAAUUUAAUUAAUACUCAACAUCCUAAUGAUAGUCAAAGAAUCUCUUGCAAUCCUUACUGCCCUGACCCAGAAAUUAUAAAACUACCUUUUGUACAUUUUACUAAAGUUAGAAAUCAAUUUCUGGCUAUUCGAUCUCAAUCAAUAUCUUCAUCUAUAAAAGAACAGUUAAAAUCUCAUUCAUUUAACAAUUGGUUAUAUUCAGAUGCUGAGUUAAUUAAUUUUGUUAAAUUUAUGUUUAUGGAUUUAAAUCUACCGGAAUUAUGUCAUUUCUCUACUGAUACACUUGAAAAUUGGUUGUUUUCAACUUAUUCACGAUAUAACAAUGUACCAUUUCAUAAUUUUAAACAUGCAUUUAUGGUAACUCAAAUGAUGUACUGUAUCAUUAAAAUGGUAAAUUUACCAUUGUAUUUAUCCUCAGUGGAUUUACUGAUUCUAUUGUUCUCCGCUUUGUCACAUGAUCUUGAUCAUCCGGGUUUUACAAACUCUUACCAGAUUAAUGCUGGCACUUGGCUUGCUCUACGUUACAAUGAUAUAUCACCAUUGGAGAAUCAUCAUUGUAUGACAGCAUUCGAUCUUAUCAACAGCAACCCAACGGCAAAUAUUAUCAGUGGAUUAACACCAAAUGAAUCACGUCAUUUUCGUAAAUCUGUGAUAAGAUGUAUUUUAAGCACAGAUAUGGCCAUCCAUUCAGAAUGUCUGUCACAAUUUCAAGUUUUACGAAAACAGGUCUAUUUGAAUUGCCAGUCAUUAUCUAUGGAUAUGAGUAGUAGUAGUAUUAGUAGUAUAAAACAUAAUCACCAAAAUAUUGAUCAUUCUUGUUGUGAUAAUAGUCAACAAGGGGAGUUGAAAAAUCCUGAUUCAAUAUUUCCUUCUCUUCAAUUAUUAUCAUCAUAUAUUGAUCCUUCAUCACCGUCGCCUACACAACAACAGCCUACACUAACAACUUCCCAUGAUCAUUAUCAUCAGCAUCAUCGUCAUCAACCUAACCAUAAUGACAAUGAUGAGACAGGGGUGGACAGACAAAAUCGAACAGAAGAAUAUGACCAAUAUAAUUCAUGUAUCAAUCAGCAUGUUGAUAAUAAUAAUAAUAAUAAUAACGUUGUUAAUUUUGGUGGUGAUAAUGACAGUGAUCACAAUAAUGGCGAUUAUAUUAAUAAUAAUGAUUAUGGUCAUAUUAAUGCAUCACUAAUCCAGUCUUCAUUAAUUUCAUUAAUUAAUCAACAACCUGAAUAUUUAUUAAGACUUUUAAUGAUACUGUUGAAAGUAUGCGAUAUAUCAAAUGAGAUUCGUUCACCAUUAGUUGCUGAUGUCUGGGUGGAUUGUUUAUUCAAAGAGUUUUUUCUACAGGCUGCAGCAGAAAAACAAGCUGGUCUUCCUGUUGCCCCUUAUAUGGAUCCAGAUCUUGUAGUGAAAUCCAGUAGUCAGUUGAACUUUUUACAUAGUAUUCUAAUACCAUUAGUAAAGGAACUGACCUAUAUCUUUCGCGAAUUACACGUACUUUUGGAAUCUGCGCAUAGACGAUCAGAGCAUUUCUCUAAGAUUAGACAAUAUGAAUUAGCUCAACAAGAGAUGGAUAGUAACUGUUGUUCAACAUCAGUAACCACAACAUCAUCGUCAACAGUACCAAUAACAACAAUUACUAGUACUUCUUUAUGUCAUGUCAUGAAGUCUAAUGUACGGACUACUGGAGAAAAUAUUAAUUGUGUGCAAUCAGCACUUUGUUCCGAUGGAAUAACUUUGGAUUCAAAUGAAAACUUAAGACAAAAGCAAUAUCAACCACAUAGUCGACAUGAAUCUCCAACUAUACAAACACAUACUGGCUAUUUAUCUUCUUCAAUAUCACCACCAUCAUCAUCAUCAUCAUCUACCUUGUGUUGUAAAUCAUCUCCUAACAAAGUUCAACAAUCUCAAGUACCACUUUGUGUAACUGUUCAAUCUCCUUAUCGUAAAAAUCAAGAAUAUUCUUCCUUUACGUAUGAUGUAUACAAUGACACAACACACUGAAAUAAAAGUGGUGAAACAAGAAAAAAAGCUAUUCUUCACUAAUAUUUCUUUUCACUCUGGUCACUCAUACUAUCACUACCGUCCUUUUCCCCGUUCUCAUCCAUCCUCCUUUAGUAUGUAGUGGUACCCUAUAUGAUUUUUGAAUUUUUAAUGUACAGUGAAAGCAUUUCUGAUUGAGUUUCUAUUUCUUCGUUUAUUGUUUUAAUUCUGUGUUUUUAAACUAUUCGUUGUUUUCUUUCUCUGGUUAUUUGAGUGUGUAUAGGCGUUCUGGAUUCAUUCGUCUUAACAAUUUUACCUCAUUAUUUAAUGGAACAUUUUAUAGCAUUAUUUGUACGAGCUACGUUUAAUCUGAUAACAUAAUGGUAAGGAAGAAAACAAGGCAGGAGCGAACGAGUGAAACCUUGUUAGCAACUUCAUUUAUUUAUCUGUUUUCAUCAUUCCUGUCAGUUUAUUUAUAUAGAUUAUUGAAACAGUUAUCAUCAUAUGAUAUUAUACAACACAGAGAAAUUUCGUCGAUCUGUUUGAUAAACAAUCCUCUCAGUUUUUGCCGUAACUGUGUGUGCUUUAGCUCUUUCUAUCCUGCCUAUUUCAAUAAUAUGACACUCGUCUAUGUUGAUGUCAUCUUCAUAGAACUGGUUUUAUCAUGGGAUGCAUAUUUCUUUUUUUUAUCAGAUUGAAAUAAAAGUGAAACAAUGAGAGAACAGACCUAUCUAUUAUUUACUGUACAUUUGUUUAUUUAACAGCUUGAAUAAUCCAUUUACAGGUUGUACAUUUGUUAUUUGUGUUGUAUACCUUCACAUAAUUUCAAACUUUGUUUUAUAUGUACUCAAAAUUAACCGGCACGUACUACUAAAUAUAGAUGUAUAUGCAUAUAUGUAAUUUUAAACAACCAAUGGGCUUUCAGAUUUUUCUCAACACAAUACAGCUGGUAUAAAACAAAUGUGAUUGGUCGAAAGCUAGUAAUUCUGUUAAUUUGUGAUCAGUUAUAUAUAAUAUUUGUUAUUUUGUAUUGGUUAUUUAUUCUUCCCUAAUGUGCAUUCCAGUAUAGUUUUGGUAUUGCACUCAUUCUCUUUAUCUAUCCAUCUAUUGCUGCUUUAUUGCAUUUGUGUUCUACACACAAAGUAAAAUGUUAUAUGUACAUGUAUUUUGCAUAUUCAUUUUCAAUCACUUUUUAUUCUGUACAGUUUUUCUCAAUUAUCUAAUAAUAUUAUUGAUUGAUUUUGUUGCUACAGUAACAGUACACCAGACUUCACCGUACUAUACUAUACUAUACUACACUACACUAAUCUUACCUAAUUUAAUGUCCAUUACUUUUGGCUAUGCUUCUUUUUGUGCGUGCUCGUAUCUCUUCUUAAUUUCAGUAGAUUCUUUUCAGUUUUGUGUAUCUGUUUGCUUGUGUGUAUGUGCGCACGUGUGUUUUUUGUUUGUUUGUUUGUGGUACGACAGGACAAAUGAAUUAAGUUUCCUUAAAAUUUACACUUUAGCACAUAAAUCUUUUUCUACCAAAACGAUUAGAAAAAAAGUAUGUAAACAUUAUGAUAUUUGAUAUUGUUCAUUAUUUUCUCUAUUCAAUCUGUGAAUUUGUUGACUGUUCUUUGUUUGUUGGUGUCUGUCUACUUUUAUUGUGUGCUUUUGUUCAAUUGUUGUCUGUUGUUUUGUUUUCUCUACAGUAAAUCGACAGUUGUUUCCUUCCUUAAUAGUUAUCUUGUUUUGUAACUGUUAUUACAAUAUUUUUAUUGUUUUUAUUGUUAUUCUUGUAAAUAUGUUAUAAAUUAUUUUGCAUAUAGAAAAAAAAAUAAAUUAUUUGCAUACAAAUGACAUAUAUACAUACAUUGCUGAAACAAGUAUUGCAUUGGUUGAUGACAUCAUGUCCUAUUCAAGUUGAUCUUUGUUACUGAGUCACUUACUGUUUUUUUUGUAUAUAUGUUGGAAUAAAUUCCUGAUUAGGAGUAGGGGGGUGGAAAGCCAUUAUUUUGUGAAGUUAAACUGAAUACCAUAAGAAGAGAUGUAAAACUCUUGAUUGUGUUUCAUAGGUUUUAUCAUAAUAUAUAUAUAAUUGAAAAUGUUAAGUUGCAAUUUCCCAAAACCUUCAGCUUUAUU